AAAGGACCCAUCCGAUAACCUAAAAAGCACCGAGAAAUUCGACCAUUCUUUGCAUAAUAUACCGCCGAGUGCCCACCGGCGAUUUUUAUGUAAUACUCUGUAAUAAAGUGUUGUGCAACGAUCAUUUUGGCCUCAUAUUUUGGCGGCUCGCGAUAGUCAGUCGCCGUCGCCAGCCAUGGCCGAAACGGUUGGCGCGCUUUCCUUUUGACAGUUCAGUGACGUUCCUUUACACGGACAUCGUUUUUCUUUUGUAGUACAAUCGCGAGUGCCAGUGUUAUUUAUGAAUUAGUGCAGUGAGAUUUUUAUUAAAUUCUUGGCAUAAACAAAAAUUAGAUAAUGACGUCAUGUUAGAAAGUAUCUGUCGACAGAAUGGCCAACACUAAAACAAUGCAGACGUGCGCAGACGUGAGAGAGAUGAACAACAUUAACAAUAAAGUCAACCAGACGCACACGCAGACAGGAGAGCCUGUAGAGGUGGACGGUGUUGACAAUAACAUUAACAUUGUUGAUAAAUACUGCGCCGACUGUACGGAGCAGGAGAGGGUCGGCGAGCACGCCCCCGCCCCCGCCUUGUCAGACAUACAGCAGUUCUACCACGGCAAGAAUGUACUUAUCACAGGAGCCACUGGCUUCCUGGGCAAGAUCCUGGUGGAGAAGCUGCUGCGCUGCUGCCCCGGUGUCGACAACCUCUAUCUGCUGGUGCGCCGCAAGCGCGGCCAGGACAUCUACUCCCGCCUCGAGGACAUUUUCGAAGAUCCCGUGUUCGACCGGCUGAAGGCGGCGCUGCCCAAGUUCAGGCACAAGGUGGUGGGCGUGCCGGCAGACUGCGCGGCGCCUGGCCUCGGCCUCUCCCUCGCAGACAGGCAGCUGCUUACUGAAAAGGUGAACGUGAUGUUCCACUGCGCGGCGACGGUGAAGUUCGACGAGCAGCUGCGGGCGGCGCUGGCCACCAACGUGCGCGCGCCGCUGCAUCUGCUGCGCCUCGCCCGAGACAUGCGCGCGCUCGAUGUGCUGAUGCACGUCUCCACGGCGUACUCCAACUCGCACCUGGCGCACGUGGAGGAGCGCUUCUACCCGUGCGCCGCGGACACCGACCGCCUGCAGCUCGCCCUCGAUAACAUGACGGAUGCGCAGAUCGACCAAAUGCUGCCCACCAUCCUGGGCGAGUGGCCCAACACGUACACGUUCACCAAGGCGCUGGCGGAGAAGGAGCUGCGUCUGCACGCCGGCGACGUCCCCCUCGGCGUCUUCCGCCCCGCCAUAGUGACAUCGACUGCCAAAGAACCUUUGAAGUGUUGGCUGGACAACAUGUACGGCCCAACCGGCGUCGCAGUCGGCAGCGCGACCGGCAUGCUGCGCUCGCUGCAGUGCGACGCGCGCGUCACGGCGGACCUGGUGCCCGUCGACUGCGUCGUGAACUGCCUGCUGGCCGCCGCGCGCAACGUGCACCUCGCCUACGCCGCCGGUUCACCACCGCCGGAGCCGCCCAUCUUCAACUACGUUAGCUCCGUGGAGAACCGCAUCACGUGGGGCGACUUCAAGCGGCACAACUUCGCACGCAUCGACUCUCAGCCCUUCUCCAACGCCGUCUGGUACAUAUCGCUGCAGCUGACGCGGAGCGCGCGACUGCACCGCGUGUACACGCUGGUGCUGCACCUGGCGCCCGCCGCGCUCGUCGACGCGCUCGCCCUCUGCCUCGGUCGCAAGCCCAGGAUGCUGAAGGUGUACACCAAGAUCCACAAGUUCUCCGAGGUGAUCAGCUACUUCUGCACGCGAGAGAUCACCUUCUGCAACCGCCGCACGCGCCACCUCUGGGACGCCACCUCGCAACUCGACAGACAGCUGUUCCCGUUCAGCAUGGCGGAGGUGGACUGGGAGGAGUACUUCGACGACUACCUGCUGGGCAUCCGCCGCUACCUCUUCAAGCAGACCGACGACUCUCUGCCGCGCGCCAGGAUCAAGUGGAAAAGGUUAUACUAUCUGCAUCAGAUAGUCCGAAUUAUUUUCUUCGUGUUGUCUCUGUACGCGGUCUGGUGCGUGUUGGCUCUCAUUUGGUGAUACAGACGACGCGAACAUUCGGCUGGAUGAAUGUUUGCCGCCGGCGGCCGCCAGAUGGCGGGAAUUUGUAAAUAAAUGCGACGACCACAGAUAAUUAAGUUUACUUUUAACAGAACCGGACACUGGCGCCGCACCGCGCCGCGCCGCACACGGACCCACACAAUGUUUCACUUUAAGUACCUUCGCUAUC